AUGGGCCACCGUCCUGUGAUCGCUCUCUCGCGUGUACAUCGCCUCCUUCGCCAACUCGGAGCCGCCUUGGCCAACCUCGCUUUGGAUCUCGGUAAUCUCCAUCUCAAGCAACGAGAGCUAUCCUUUCAAGCUGCCCAGAGGAAAGCUAGUCGUGCGCAAGAUAGUGAGGAUCACGACGACGACGAGGAAUGGGAGGGGUCAGGUCGGACGACGAUGGCAAAGGCCGCGGCGAGGAAGAGGAGCAAGUCGAGUCGCGUCGUGGCUAAAGUGACGACGACGUAUUCGAGACGAGGAGCGAUCACCAUGAGUCGAACAACGUCGCAAGCCUCGUCUACUUCUUCCGCACCGGCAUCGUUCGCCGCGGGGACGAAGGCGGGUCUCAAGCGAACUCGUCGUUCAACAGGCUCGGGUGGAGGCGUUUCGAUCCUCCUCGAUGCGAGGAACAGGCUCAGUCGUCUCGACGGAUGGGAAAAUGACUCGGUCAACAAGGCAUUACAUCUCAUCAAAACCUACUCCAACGUACUUGAGGCAGUCGCAGACGCCAUCGAUGAAGAGCAAGAAGAAAACCCAACCCGGGAUCGCCGAGUUCCGAGCUUGGUCGAGAUGAUGGCGAGGGAGAUUGGAUGGAAUAUCGAAGCUAAUGUGAGGAGUUGUAGGGAGGAAAAACAGUCGGAUAGUAGUGAGGAGGAAGGCGUUGCUCUGAGACGGAAGGGUGAAUUGGACGAGGGGGAUGAUGAGGCGACUUUGGUCGACGACUGGUACGACGCUUGUCCGGAUUAUUGUCGCCCGUGAGUCAAUCGGGAAAGUGCACCGGCGAGUCUGUGUAUCUAAUUCUAAAUUCUUUACAUAGAUGGAUCUUGAUCGAACACGCCACCUCCAUCAUGCUCGAAGGUCUUGAAAAUCCUCCUUUCACCCUGCUCGAAAUACUUUUCGAACUCUGUUCUCGCAUGGGAGCAGGCAGUGCAGUAAGUGGAGCGUUUGCUGAUGAGACACCGUAGAACAUCGUCUGAGUAAAAGGCUCUUCUACAGUCUCCCAGGUUCUAUGAUGCUCUCAACUACCAAGCUUUGCGCAUGACCGAUCCGACCUCUUCGGCGCAUGUCCUUGCGCAACAAACCGUCUUGCACGGCCAUUCGUCAACUUACUUCGAGUCGCUCCGUACCAUUCUCUUCGAGUCGACCUUUGCCGAUCGUCUUUUUUAUUCGUCUUUCCUCUCUCUGGAGAGAGCCCCUUUACGCUCAGGAAACGCCAGCGACGCCGAGGCUUUGGGCGGGCUAAUUGAACUCGUUUGUGGAGUCGCUAGAGAAAUGGUAGGCGCGAUCAAUCUCGCCAUCUCGAAUGGAGAACGAGGUGGAGAACGGCAAAAGAACGAUGUGAUUGAUCGAGUCGCCUUCGAAAUCGAUCAUGCUACGGGUUUCCUCUUCCUAGCGCAGGACGACGAGAUGGUCUCAAUCACGACGAGUGAAGGCACGUUCGAUGGUCAACGCUUGGCCCGGGAUCAAGCGCUCGAACGAGUAUUUGAUGCCGUUCUGGACUUUAUACAUGGCACGGGACCGAGCGUAUCGAAAAGUAAGCGCGCAAUGCAGCGCCUAGGUCCCUUCGCAAUCGCCGCAUGUUUCGAGCUCGCCCUCCGCUCUCUCGACCAUCACCCCUCGGCGCAAACCGGCUCGAGCGAUGUGGCCCGCUUGACAGAAUGCGACUCGUUGAUCGCGCACCACAUCCUCGGCCUCGUCGAAGAAGAAUGCCAAGACUUCGAUCUGGAUCAGCUUAACUCCGAGCUCCUCCCAUUAGCAAAGCAGCAUUCCUCCCAAUCCUUCGCUGCACUUGCGACGUUACUUCGAUCCGCCGACCUUUCGACACUGGAGAAGUUGGUCGUCUACACUGCGACGAAGGCUUAUGACUCGCUCGUUGAUGUUCGCUCGACGCGGGGUUUGAUCAUCUUGGAGAAGGACAUCUUUGAAAGACGAUUAGACGAACUCAAUCGACCGUCGUCGACUUCUGCGGACCGACAGGGAUCGACGACCCCUCCUCGGAGACUCGCGAGAGCGCUACAGCUCUCUUCGAGUGACGAGGACUUCCAGGACUCGACACCUGGUUUGGCAUGUUCGAGUUUGGGGAUGAGUUCGCGGAAAAGGUUCGUCCCGAUUCGGUUGGUGGGUACACCUUUGAAGGAGAAAGGUCAGGAGGGUAGACGGGCUGUUGAAACUCGACGAUACGAGGGCGAGCGGAAGAAAGACCAGGUUGUACGGAAGCGGAGGAGAGUUACGGAGGAGUCGGAGGACAGUGACGACGACGAUGAGGAUGGACCAAACCUGCGGAAACAGUCGCCAACUUCAGAGCGGAGUGAUGAGCUCGAUCUUUUGCAAGCGAAGUCGCCUAAGACUAGACGACCGGUCGUCAAGAAACGAGCCGUCCCUUCGGUUCGAAAGUGCGGACCCGGGAGGAGCAAACGGACGUCGACGAUGAAGAGGAAGACGUAUGCAGGACCUGUGGACGAUGAAGAUACGAGUGAGGACGAAUUAGCCUUAUGA